GUGCUGAAAGCAAGCUGAAGGGUGAAGAAAUUCGCCAAUGUGCAGUAUCAGAAGCGAUAAAAAUUUUAGAGGCUGAUAUUAGCAAUACGACUAAAAACCUAAUUUCAUGGGCUCUUCGGAUAUUAGGAGAAUUUGCGGAAUAUACUGAACUUCAAGGAAAUGUACAUAAUAAAUUAUGUGAUUUAUUAACACAAGUUGAUUAUGAAAUUCAGGCCCAAAUAAUUACUACACUAUUAAAAUUUGUCUCAAAGAUGAAACAUUGUCCUAAUAAUAUAAUAGAAUGUGUAGCAAAAUGCUGUCAAUCAUCAUCUGGAGAUAGAAGCCGUGAGUUUAUAAUUUUAUCAAAGGACUUCGUACUUUUGGACAAAAUUAUAAAAUCUUGCGAGAAUCUUGAUGACUUUACAGUUGAUGAAUCAUUAUCCUUUCUUGAUGAUUUCGUCGAGGAUGCAUUGAAAAAUGGUGCAAAGCCAUAUAAUCGAAUACCAAUUUCUCGUGAAGACACAAUUGCAGCAACGGAAAUUCGUUAUGAAGCUUAUGAAAAACCCAACUUGCCAUCUUUUCCUAAACAAAUGACAACCAGUUUGCCAACCUACACCGAUACUAGGUUAUCAGCAACUGAUAGAAGUAUGUUAUUGUUUGAUGAUCGAAGUAAUCAGAAUAAUCGAGGUGUAGGCCCUCCAGUUACUCCUGGUCAGCUAGCUUGGUUUGGAGUUACACAAGAAAAUGUAUCAUCAGAGAACGUGUAUGAGCAUACAAGUUUGCUGACAACCCCCCAAGAACCUAAUUAUAGAGAUUAUGAAGAAAUCGAUUCAAAACGCCAGUCAAUGGCAUCACCAUUACCAAAAGCGAAGCUACAGCCAAGUACACAAAGCUGGAGUCGUGCUGGGUAUAAGCCAAUUCAUAACACAGAAAGGUUAACAAAAUACAACAUAAGUAAUGUUCAUUCAUCCUUGCGACCUUCAGAUAAGGUACUAUCUACCACAUCGGCAACUCCAAAAGCAACAAUGACACCAGAAAAAGAGAGACUAGCUUCUGCUUUGUUUAGUGGUGUGGGUGGGAACUAG